ACUGGGAAUGAGAGUGAACAAUGUGUAUGAUGUGGAUAACAAGACGUACCUCAUCCGCCUUCAGAAGCCAGACUGCAAGGCCACGCUGCUGCUCGAGUCUGGCAUACGCAUUCACACAACGGAGUUCGAGUGGCCAAAAAACAUGAUGCCCUCCGGCUUUGCGAUGAAGUGUCGGAAGCAUUUGAAGACGAGGAGACUUGUCAGUGUAAAACAGCUGGGUGUGGACAGGAUCGUGGACUUCCAGUUUGGAAGCGACGAAGCCGCGUAUCACCUCAUCAUCGAGCUCUAUGACAGGGGUAACAUUGUCCUCACGGACCACGAAUAUGUCAUUUUAAACAUCCUGAGGUUCCGCACGGACGAGGCCGAUGAUGUCAGGUUCGCCGUUCGGGAGCGGUAUCCGCUUGACAUUGCCAAAGCACCUGCGCCUCUGCCGACCUUGGAAAGGUUAACUGAAAUAAUAUCAAAUGCACCCAAAGGGGAACAGCUGAAGAGGGUUCUUAACCCCCAUCUUCCUUACGGAGCCACUCUUAUUGAGCACUGCCUUAUAGAAGCUGGAUUUUCUGGUUAUGUCAAAAUAGAUGAACAUACAGAAAAGAAAGAAAAUAUUGAAAAAGUGCUUAGUGCUUUAGAGAAAGCAGAAGAAUAUAUGACACUAACUGACAACUUCAGUGGCAAGGGUUAUAUUAUCCAGAAAAGGGAGAAAAAGCCAAGCUUGGAACCAGAUAAACCACCCGAAGAUAUCUACACAUAUGAGGAAUUUCACCCUUUCUUGUUUUCUCAACAUUCAAAAUGUCCGUACUUGGAAUUUGACUCAUUCAAUAAGGCAGCAGAUGAGUUCUACUCCAAGUUAGAGGGGCAGAAGAUCGAUCUGAAAGCGUUGCAGCAGGAAAAACAAGCAUUGAAGAAACUUGAAAAUGUCCGUAAGGAUCAUGAGCAUCGACUAGAAGCUCUUCAGCAAGCCCAGGAAAUAGAUAAGAUAAAAGGAGAACUCGUAGAAAUGAACCUAGAGAUAGUUGACAGAGCCAUCCAGGUGGUUCGCAGCGCACUAGCCAACCAGAUAGACUGGACAGAGAUCGGAGCAAUUGUAAAAGAAGCUCAAGCACAGGGGGACCCUGUUGCAAGUGCCAUCAAAGAACUAAAGCUUCAGACAAAUCAUAUCACCAUGCUGCUGAGGAACCCGUAUAUGUUAUCUGAAGAGGAAGAGGAGGAGGAGGAUGCUGAGUUGGAAAAAGAAGAAACAGAAGAAACAAAAGGGAAAAAGAAAAAGAAUAAAAACAAACAGUUGAAGAAACCACAGAAAAACAAGCCAUUGUUGGUUGAUGUUGAUCUCAGCUUGUCUGCAUAUGCCAAUGCCAAAAAGUAUUAUGAUCACAAACGACAUGCAGCUAAGAAAACACAGAAGACAGUGGAAGCUGCAGAGAAGGCAUUUAAAUCUGCUGAGAAGAAGACAAAGCAGACACUGAAGGAAGUUCAGACAGUUACCACCAUUCAGAAAGCAAGAAAAGUCUAUUGGUUUGAGAAGUUCCUGUGGUUCGUUAGUUCUGAGAAUUACCUCAUUAUCGCUGGAAGAGAUCAGCAGCAGAACGAAUUGAUCGUCAAGCGCUACCUGAGACCAGGGGACAUCUACGUGCAUGCCGAUCUCCACGGAGCCACGAGCUGCGUGAUCAAAAACCCCACAGGUGAGCCCGUCCCUCCCCGCACGCUCACCGAGGCCGGCACCAUGGCCCUGUGCUACAGCGCGGCCUGGGACGCCCGCGUGGUCACCAGCGCCUGGUGGGUCUUCCACCACCAGGUUUCUAAAACUGCGCCUACAGGAGAGUACCUCACCACUGGAAGCUUCAUGAUUCGAGGGAAGAAGAACUUUCUUCCUCCUUCAUAUCUGAUGAUGGGGUUUAGCUUCUUGUUUAAGGUGGAUGAGAGCUGCGUUUGGAGGCACCGAGAAGAACGGAAGAUCAAAGUGCAGGAUGAGGACCUGGAAAUGGUCUCCAGCGGUGCCGGCGAGCUGGUGUCCGAGGAGCUGGAGCUCCUGGAGGGAGGAGACAGCAGCAGCGAGGAGGAGAGAGCAGCGGAUCCGGAGGCACCGGAGGAUGCGGAAGCCGCGUCUGAGAGGAACCGUGACGAGGAGGGUGUUGGCCCGGAGCAGGACGUGGGAAACGCUCCUCCUGCGCCGGAGCGCGCCUUGGAAGAGGACAACGCAGAAUCUGAAGAUGACGUGGAAGACCCAGAGCCAAAGAGUGAGGUGAAGGAGGAGGAGAUAAACUACCCGGAUACGACAAUCGACCUGUCACACCUCCAGUCACAAAGGUCCCUGCAGAAAACCGUCCCCAAAGAGGAAGGACCCAGCUUGAGUGACAGCAAGGCCCCGGGGCGAAGGCACCUCUCUGCCAAGGAGAGGAGAGAAAUGAAGAAGAAGAAGCAACAGAAUGACUCUGAGAACCUGGAGCCACUGGAGGAGAAGCAGAAAGAGCUGGAAACGCAGCAUCCCCCUGCGCCCAACAGCAACAAGGGGCUGCCAGCCCCGCAGCCCAUCAAGCGGGGCCAGAAGAGUAAAAUGAAGAAGAUGAAGGAGAAGUACAAGGACCAGGAUGAAGAGGACCGGGAGCUCAUCAUGAAGCUGCUGGGGUCCGCAGGGUCCAACAAGGAGGACAAAGGGAAGAAAGGGAAGAAGGGGAAGACGAAAGAAGAGCCAGGGAAGACGCAGCAGAAGGCCAGGGCCGCGCAGCGGGGUGCCGGAGCAGGCAAGGAGGCGCCGCCAGCAGCUGUGCUGCUGCAGGAGCCGCAGGACGCGGCCCUGGAGGAGCAGCAGGACGAGAAGGAGGAGCAAGACCAGGACCAGCCGGGCUCUGAGCACGGGCAGGCCCUGCUGGGCUCCCUCACGGGGCAGCCGCACCCCGAGGACCUGCUGCUCUUCGCCGUGCCCAUCUGUGCCCCCUACACGGCCAUGGCCAACUACAAGUAUAAAGUCAAGCUCACUCCAGGCACCCAGAAGAAGGGAAAAGCUGCAAAGAUUGCCUUGCAUAAUUUUAUGCAAUCUAAAGAAGCUACUGCAAGAGAAAAAGACCUGUUCCGUAGCGUGAAGGAUACCGACUUGUCAAGAAAUAUUCCUGGUAAAGUGAAGGUGUCUGCACCGAAUCUCCUGAACAGGAAAAAGAAGUGAGUCGCUACUCGGAUUUCCUGUCCC